AUGGGGACUACCUGGGCUCUCAACGCAGGUCUGGACCACGGCGGAUUGAGCGGAGCUGGUGGCGAACUCCCUGAUGUCAGAUUAUUCGACCAGCAAGGGCAUAAAAUCGGACAUGCAUUCGACCCCGGAACGGCGACGACGGAACAAUUGCCACAUGGUACUCCCAACUGCCUGUGGAUAGAUCAAGAUGGCAGUCAGCCUGCCACAGCUUUUCAGGUUAACUGGCCUGAUAUGAAACCACUCGAAGACGAUAAUCGUGUUGGUAAGAAGGCUUAUGAUAUGUGUCACUCACCAAGUUUCCACAUUUAUCAACACCUGGACCCUGCGCACAUCGUGAUCCACAAACGAAACGAUGCUGAGGCCGCUGGAGUGUACAACUCAGAGCAAACACCUCCUCGCAAACGUAACAAGCCUCGAAGAUCGGUUGCAGAAGCAAAGCUUGCCUUUGACAAGAAGUACAGCAAUAUGCUCGUGAUAGAUGAUCUGCCUUCUCACACUGCCCGGAGCCUCUGCGAGUCCAAAUCGUCAGCUGGGCCAAAUUUUGUGAACCCUGAGCAUGGCUACUACUGCGACAUGAAGGCGAAAGCUAUCCAUCCUGUGUGUUCUGGAGCCCAUAAUCCGCGCCGGAACAACACCUUUUGUUUUGACAUGGAGCAGAACGAACUCGGUAAGCACGUUUGA